AAGUCCGAUGAGUCAUCACAGUCAGAAGCAAAACCUUCACUGACUCACUUUAUCGUUAAUUAAUUCGUUAAUAAAUCUCACUCUGUUUAAAUCAGAAUCUAGACAGAGAAACAAAGAAACAAACAAAACCAAGAAGAAGAAGCAUCUUUCUCUCUCUAAAUCCACCAUUUUCACACUUUCUCUCUCUACAACUAGCAUUUCAUCAAUCAUCCAUGGCGGAGGUUUCCGGCGACGGAGCUGAAAUGGCGACGCCGGCGCCGCUUUCAGUUCCCGGAUCGUUCACGAAAAGCUCUUCUUCUCGGAGACGCGGCUCCGCGAGGCAACCGAGUAUGGAUGCUGAUGAGUUCAUGAAUCUGUUGCACGGUUCGGAUCCAGUGAAGGUUGAGCUUAAUCGGCUUGAGAAUGAAGUUCGAGAUAAGGAUAGAGAAUUAUCAGAAGCACAAGCUGAGAUCAAAGCGUUGAGACACUCUGAACGAUUAAGAGAAAAAGCCGUUGAAGAGUUAACCGAUGAACUGUCAAAGGUUGAUGGCAAGCUAAAAUUAACGGAAUCUCUUCUAGAAAGCAAAAAUCUUGAAAUAAAGAAAAUUAAUGAUGAAAAGAAAGCAGCAAUGGCCGCUCAGUUUGCUGCUGAAGCUACUCUUCGAAGGGUACAUGCUGCUCAGAAGGAUGAUGACAUGCCCCCAAUAGAAGCAAUUCUUGCUCCUUUGGAGGCUGAACUAAAACUUGCUCGACAAGAGAUUGCUAAAUUACAAGACGAUAACAAAGCCUUAGACCGUCUUACCAAAUCCAAAGAAGCGGCACUAAUUGAAGCCGAAAAGACUGUUCAGGUUGCCUUGGUUAAGGCCUCCAUGGUGGAUGAUCUCCAAAACAAAAAUCAAGAGCUAAUGAAACAGAUUGAGAUUUGCCAGGAAGAAAAUAAAAUAUUGGACAGAAUGCAUAGACUAAAGGUGGCAGAGGUUGAAAAACUCACCCAAACUGUUAGGGAGCUAGAAGAGGCUGUCCUUGCAGGUGGUGCUGCUGCAAAUGCAGUUAGAGAUUAUCAGAGGAAAGUUCAAGAAAUGAAUGAAGAAAGAAAAACUCUUGAUCGGGAGUUGGCCCGUGCCAAGGUAACAGCAAAUAGAGUAGCUACGGUGGUUGCAAAUGAAUGGAAAGAUUCAAAUGAUAAAGUGAUGCCUGUCAAACAAUGGCUUGAAGAACGUCGAUUCUUGCAGGGGGAAAUGCAGCAACUUCGUGACAAACUUGCUAUAGUUGAGCGUGCAGCAAAGUCUGAAGCACAGUUGAAAGAAAAAUAUCAAUUACGGCUUAAAGUACUAGAGGAGAGUUUGAGGGGGAAUUCUAACGGCAGUAGUCGCAGCACCCCUGAGGGAAGAAGUGUAAGCAAUUCUCGUCGGCAAUCUCUAGGUGGAGCUGAUAAUUUCUCAAAACCAACCUCUAAUGGGUUUUUGCCUAAGCGGUUACCAUCCUUUCAAUUAAGGUCAUCCCCAUCUUCUAGCUCAGUAUUGAAGAAUGCCAAAGGAACAUCUAAAUCUUUUGAUGGGGGCACAAGGUCACUGGAGAGGAAUAAAAUGCAGCUGAAUGGAGCACCCCAAAGUUAUUCGUUUAACCAGUCUCUUGAAGAAACCAAAGAGAGAGAAACAGAUGUUAAUUGGAAAGGAAAUUCAGAUGAUAAGGCAAAUGACUUCCCAACAGUGGAUACAGAGGAUAGUGUUCCAGGUAUUUUAUAUGAUCUCCUGCAGAAAGAAGUCAUGACCUUGAGGAAAGCUGGUAAUGAGAAAGAUCAAAGCCUAAAAGAUAAAGACGAUGCUAUUGAGAUGUUAGCAAAGAAGGUAGAUACAUUAACCAAAGCCAUGGAAGUUGAGGCAAAGAAGAUGAGAAGGGAAGUAGCCAACAUGGAAAAGGAGGUAGCUGCUAUGCGUGUGGAGAAAGAACAAGAGAGCAGAGCAAAGCGGUUCAGCAAUAUAAAGGGCCCUGGCCCUGGCCCUGUAAACAGUGCUCAGAAUCAGCUAAUUUCUGGAAGAAGUGUGACACGUGGAGGAUUAACACGCAGCACCCAAUAACAUCAAGUUUAUUAUAGUGGCACCUGGUAGUGUUGAGUCAACUUUCAUAGGCAUCAUUCUUCUGCCCUACUAUGUUUUUAUUCUUCUGCUUUUUGUGUCCACUUGAUUAUAAGAUUGUAACUGGCAUACCGAAGACAAGUUUCUGAUGUUGGACAUGGAUUGACGAUAAGAAAAUGAAUUCAGGAACCGGUAUGCAUCUGACCUAGACUGUUGUAUCCUCUGCGUAGAGAGAUCGGCUAAGAAGGAAGACAAUAGAAGACAAUUAACUUGGUUAACCUUUCAGUUUUUCUUUUGAGUGGUGUGUUUGUAUAGGUAGCUUUCUUCCUUCUUUACUGCUUUUUGCAGUUUAUAUUUGCAAUUCGCAGAUAGUGUGAUUGUGUUGGUUCGGCUUUCAUAAUAUCUUUGUAAUAGAUCCAGAUCUAAGUGUAUUGGUUGUGUUAUAAGUUCAUAAUUUCAAGUUUAUUAUUAUAAAUUUAUUUAUUUAUGAGUGAA